GCUCGUUCACCCUGUGGAGGUACCGGCGUGAGCGCUGGGCUCCAGGCCCGGGCUGCCCGAGCUCAGCUGCAGCGGGUGUAGGCCUGGGUCUUCUCCGUCUCCCGGGACUCUUUCCGCCGUCUGAGGGGCAGCGGCAGGAGUUUCCUCGGCUUGAGUCCCGGGGUCGGGGUUGGAGGAGGCCCGGGCCCUCAGCCUGGGGAGCACCAGCCCGUCUCUCACCUGGUUCUCGCUCUUCAGUUACGGAGGCUCCUUUCCCCGCUUACCACGUGUGUAAGAUACGGGGGUGGAGGGUGGAGGUGGAGGAGAGGCCUUAAGUUGAGACCUCUCGCUGGGCCCUGUCCCCAGGCGCCCCUGUCCCUGCAGAGGCCUCCUCCCGGUGAAGGAGGACACGCCGGUAUGUGGCCCAGUCCAGUCCGGGCUCCCAGUGCCCGGUGCCCCCACCGGCUCAGCAGACGGUCGGUCGGGGGCUGGAUGGAGGCGUGACCAGGCCCCCAGGAGGAGGCGAGGCCCCUUCCAGGAAGAUGGGAGCAGCUCUCACCCCGGCCAUCCCAGGGCUCUGACUUCUCCACGCAGGUGAACUCCUCUUCCCUCAACUCCCCCACGGGGCGCGGCUCCAUGGCCGCCCCCUCGCUGCACCCCUCCCUGGGGCCCGGCAUCGGCUCCUCGCUCGGCUCCCCGGGACAGCUGCACUCGCCCAUCAGCACCCUGAGCUCCCCCAUCAACGGCAUGGGUCCGCCCUUCUCGGUCAUCAGCUCCCCCAUGGGCCCCCACUCCAUGUCCGUGCCCACCACACCCACCCUGGGCUUCGGCACCGGCAGCCCCCAGCUCAACUCGCCCAUGAACCCCGUGAGCAGCAGCGAGGACAUCAAGCCCCCGCUGGGCCUCAACGGCGUCCUCAAAGUCCCGGCCCACCCCUCGGGGAACAUGGCGUCCUUCACCAAGCAUAUCUGUGCUAUCUGCGGGGACCGCUCCUCAGGCAAGCACUAUGGGGUGUACAGCUGCGAGGGCUGCAAGGGCUUCUUCAAGCGGACGGUGCGCAAGGACCUGACCUACACCUGCCGCGACAACAAAGACUGCCUGAUUGACAAGCGGCAGCGGAACCGGUGCCAGUACUGCCGCUACCAGAAGUGCCUGGCCAUGGGCAUGAAACGCGAAGCUUGUGGGCGCGCUGCUCGGGCCCUGGCGGCGGAGGGGCUGCCGCGGGAGCUGCGGGCUGACUGGAAGCCUCCCCGUGCCUCAGCUGUGCAGGAGGAGCGGCAGCGGGGCAAGGACCGGGCUGAGAACGAGGUGGAGUCCACUAGCAGCGCCAACGAGGACAUGCCCGUGGAGAAGAUCCUGGAGGCCGAGCUGGCCGUCGAGCCCAAGACCGAGACGUACGUGGAGGCAAACGUGGGGCUGAACCCCAGCUCGCCCAAUGACCCCGUCACCAACAUCUGCCAGGCGGCCGACAAGCAGCUCUUCACCCUGGUGGAGUGGGCCAAGCGGAUCCCACACUUCUCCGAGCUGCCCCUGGACGACCAGGUCAUCCUGCUGCGGGCAGGCUGGAACGAGCUGCUCAUCGCCUCCUUCUCCCACCGCUCCAUAGCCGUGAAGGACGGCAUCCUCCUGGCCACCGGGCUGCACGUCCACCGCAAUAGCGCCCACAGCGCGGGGGUGGGCGCCAUCUUUGACAGGGUGCUGACGGAGCUGGUGUCCAAGAUGCGGGACAUGCAGAUGGACAAGACGGAGCUGGGCUGCCUGCGCGCCAUCGUCCUCUUCAACCCUGACUCCAAGGGGCUCUCGAACCCGGCCGAGGUGGAGACGCUUCGCGAGAAGGUCUACGCGUCCCUGGAGGCGUACUGCAAACACAAGUACCCCGAGCAGCCAGGAAGGUGCCUCUGGCCGAGCUCUUUCUGGGGAAGGUGGGCCCUGGCGUGGGGCCCUGGAGGCUGGUCCUUGCUGAGAAGGGCUUGUUGGCGCUCAGACCUGCUCCCAGCUCAGGAACGGCUUCACCUUUGGCGCCCCUGCAGCCAGGGGCAUUGCUGGUUUGCAAAGCUGCUACUUCGUCUGCCGGCCCUGCGCUCCAUCGGCCUCAAGUGCCUGGAACACCUCUUCUUCUUCAAGCUCAUCGGGGACACGCCCAUCGACACCUUCCUCAUGGAGAUGCUGGAAGCCCCGCACCAAAUGACUUAGGCCCCCGGCCGUUCUUCGCACCCGCCGGUCCGGCCGCCCCGCCCGGCUGCCAGCAGCUCUUCUCAGCCGAGCCCGCCCCGCCCCUCCUCUGCCUGGAUGUUUGGACUUGGGGGCGUGGCCUGUCACUGCUAAGCCUGAGAUGUGCUGCCACCCUCGUCAUCUUCAGUACUACUCGACUGGACCGGGCAGUGGCCAUGCUGGGGUGGCAGCCGGAGUGGCAGGAACUGGUGUGAGCCCCGGGGGAGCCCGGGCGGCUCACGGGGUCUCAGGCCCCCGCCCCCGGAGCUGCAGCGGUCAGAGGGUGGCUUUGUUCCGUCGCUGUUUUGUUGUCGCGAGGUCCUCUGUUUGCAGGGAUCCCUCUGCCUCCUGUGUGUGCUGGCAACCUGCCAGCCCGGCCUCACCCACAAUCGGGAGGAGGGGACAGGUGGGGGGGUUGGCAUUUCAUUGCAAAAGACUCCACCAGCCCCCUGGGAAGACGGGAGGGGCUCUGGGGCAAGCAGCCUUGUCUCCCCUCAGAAUGAAGGGUGAGCAACCCCUGUUUCCAAAGAUGGCUUUCGGCUUUGUCCCCGAGCCAGUCAGAACAGAAGCUGCCCUCUGUGCAGGGUUUGGGGCCACCUCCAGGCUGCAGGGACUGGAGUCACCUGCCCACCCCACCCCACCCCACCUCAUUUCUCUCUUUGCAUCGUCCUGGUUUCAGCUUCUUGUCCCACAUGGUCCUGUCCAGCCCUGGGUAACCAACCCCCACCCCGCCCCCAAAUCUUGCAGUCUGUGCCCAGGGCCAAGGCUGACCCCAGUCCCCAGUCCUGGAGGGCUAGCCUGGUCUCUGGCCCUCCUGGAAGCACUGGAGGGCCAUGCCGACCUGGGCUCUGCUGACCUCUCAAGGGCAGAGGUCAUCACCAAGGAGGCCCACAGGGACGGGAGGAGAGGAGAGUCACUUUCCCCAGAGGGUCCUCGGGCAGCUGUGCACGUCGAAGGAGGGACUUGUGGGCGCAUGGCUCGGGGCAGGGGGCAGAUGGUCCAUUCUGGAACGCUCUGGGUAGAGAGGCCCCUUUGCUGGCUGUUCUGUCCAGAGGACUCUUGGGGUCAGGGACCGUUGAGUGCCAGCACCCUUGGGCCGGGGCUGGAUGCCCCUCGGGGACAGCCAGCCCGGCUGUUGUCUUGGCCGGCUGAUGGAGCCCUUUGUGGGAGCUCCAUCAACACCUGCUCUGGUUGAGGGCACCCCACCCAGCCCUGCACCCACCCCUGAACCUUUCACCCACCCCAGGCAGGCAGGCCCUCUGCCCCUGGGGCGGGGGCGGGGGCAGGGUCUCUCAGGUUGAACUGGCCUCUUUUGCACUGUAAUGCCCUCCCUUUGGUCUGAGUACUUUCCAUUCGCAUGCCUCGUACUCCAUGAACCCAGCAUUUGUCAGUCGGGGGGGGCCUGAACUGGGCCGGGGGUAGGGGUUGGGGAGGAGAGUCCUGUCUCCUCCCAUGAAGGGGAUGCUCUGCGGUGCCUGUCUUCUUCCCACCACUCCCCACCAGAGAGGCCCCAGAGCGGGGGUGGGCAUGGGGGCUGUGGAUGCCCUCCCCCCGAGUCUGUUCCCCCGGGUGCUGCAAGGGUGCCCCUGGGGCUGGAAGGGGAGAUGCCGGCCUCCAGGCCUCUAGGGAGGACGGGGUCCAUUCUUUGCCCUCCAGGGUCUGGCCCGAGCUAAGCGUGAGGCGCCUGGACAGAAGAUGUGGAAGCUUCCACAAACACGUCCUUUCUCUGGCACCCCACCCCGCCCUUAACGUGGUGGCCCAGGCGAGGCGUCCCCUGCCACACAGGCACCCCCAGCCCCGUCCACCAUCUGGGGCAGAGAUGGGGCGAGCCCACGCCUGCCUAGUUGUCCCUCUUCCCAGACUCUUCCUGCAAGUCUUGGCACCCUUUGGGGGCAUGCUUGUGUCAGGCAGAGGGACGCCGGCACCCUCAGGGGCCUCCCUCUGGGACCCCCUCCCCCUGGGAACGUGGACCGCCCCCCGGCCCGCCACCCCGGUGCCUUCUGUAGCCAGAUGCACCCUGUCCACGCCCAGCCCCCUCCCGCUGCCCCGGACCCCUCGGGAACGUGAUGGCUCCAGUGGGAAAGACCCAGGAUGGAGCGCUUUGCUGGGGGGUCGGCCUCGUGGGCUGACUGCCCGUAAAGCACUGAGGUCCCCAGGCCACCCCCUCCCAAAGCCGGAAACUCCCUGGCCCCUCGCCGCUCAGCCUUCCGUGGCCCCGCCGGCACGGCAGCAUCUCGGGCGCUUGGGGGCUGCCCGUUCAUCUUCUCCUCGGUCCGCUGUCAUCGAUGUUGUCAUGCAGUGCUGUUUGUUUGAAAGAUGAUGGUGGGGAAACGGCACAUUACUCAGUAGAGAGGUAGGAUUUUUAUUUAACCAGACCUUCAGUAGUAUUACCAAUCUGGUUCAACUAAGGUGAUUUUUUGUAAUUAUUAUUAUUAUUAUUAUUAUUUUGGUGGGACAAUCUUUAAUUUUCUAAAGAUAGCACUAACGUCAGCUCAUUAGCCAUCCUGUGCCCGUCCCCGCCUGCUGGACGCUUCCGGCACGUCCCCUCCCUGCUUGGACAUCAGGUGGGCCUCCCGAGGCCGAGGAGUGAAGACGACCACGCCCCGGGUUUGGAAGGUGUUGGCAAAGCCAGACUCCGGCUCGUCCCCCGUCAGGCGUCUCCUUGGAAGCUGGCCUGCCCGGGGAUGACUCCCGGGUCAGCCCCUGGCCCUCUCGUCCCCCGGGUGGGGGGGGGGGAAGACGGCGCCACACUCGCCGUGUUCCGGAAGGAUUCGGGCUGGCAGGCCGGUGGCCAGUGCCGGAGACCAUGCCGAGCUUCCUCCACCGGCUGGAACGUGCAGCCGGUGGGUAAUCAGCUGAUGUCGUCCCCAUCAUGGAAUUCGGUCCCUGCCCACGCAGGUGUGUGGUGUACAAUGUACCUGCUGUACAGAGACCCUGUGUGCACAGACCUGCUUGCCAUCCACACACACGUACCAGUUACCAGCGUUUUCUGUUUAUUUUUAAU